CGCUCUCACACACCCGCUCCCACGUUGGCUUUAACCGCGACCGCAAACCCUGGGCCAGGGAUUGGGUAGUUGCCGCGCUGCGCGUUUGUGUGUUUUGCAGAGGGAAUCGAAACCCUAACCGUAAUUCUAAUUUUGCUUCUGGUUUUUCUCAUCUCUUUCGAUUUUCGUUAACAAAGGAAAAAACCUAGUUUCAUAUUCAAAUCUGUUUAAACCCCAAAUCUGCUUUCUAUGUUCCUCUCAACUGAGAAGUUUUCGAUUUGGAAGCGGUUUUCUUGAGGGUGGAGAGACCUAAUUUAAUGUCUUCAGAUUCAACCAUGGAAGAUUUGGAUUGAGGGGAAUCACAGAGAAGGGCUUUUGGAUGGGAGAAGGGGAAGGAGCUGUUUGUUUAACAGUGUUAACUGAUGGGGAGAUGGCAUUGUGUGAUUCAUCAAAAACUGAAGCGAAACGUGAUAGUCAGUGGGUUGCAGAUGCUAAUGAAUCAGAUUCCCUGCCCAACAAGAAGCAAGCUAAAGAAAAUUCAAAUGAUGACCUGAACUCGGAAAUUCUGAAUCCAAAUGUUUCUCCAAAGGAGAAUGCAUCCAGCUGUCAGACCAUCUCGAGCCAACCUGCGGAGUUGGCAAGGGAUAACAAUUUGGGAGGUGGUGACAUUACAUCUACCGAGAAUUCGAGUAUGGAGAGCACGAGUGACGAGGAGCAUAGUAGAAAUGACUCUGCUGUUGCUGUAUCUACUUCCCAAGUUGCAAUGGAGGAGCAUAGUAGAAAUGACUCUGCUGUUGCUGCCUCUACUUCCCAAGUUAUAAUGGAAGUUCCAAAAGCUACCAGUUCCACUGGGAUUAGGAGAAUAAUAUUCAAGUUCAGCAAGAGCAAGGAGGAUUAUGCACCAUCUUCUUCAGCAGGUCAGGCUUUAGAUAAUGAUCCCACUUAUGGUGGAGCUCGGCAGUAUAGUGGGAUGAAGUUGGUUAAUUCAAGUGCAGAUAUGUUAGUGGGUCCUCCAAGAAAAGUUUUAUCUGAAGCGGGAAACAUGCUUACAUGUUCUCCUAAAACGAAGAUGGAAUUAAAAUUGUCCAAGAAGGUUGUCAUGAACAGCUAUCCUACGAAUGUUAAAAGGUUGUUAUCAACUCGCAUUAUUGAAGGAGCUCGCGUGAAGUAUAUUUCCAUUAUUCAUGAGAGAGAGCUUCUUGGCAUUAUAAAAGGUUCUGGAUAUUUGUGCGGUUGCCCACUGUGUAAUUUUUCUGAGGUUCUUAAUGCUUACGAGUUUGAACAGCAUGCUGGGUGCAGAACCAAACAUCCAAAUGAUAACAUAUUCUUAGAGAAUGGGAAGUCAAUUCAUAGUAUUGUCCAAGAGCUGAGGCGUACACCACUCAACUUGUUGCAUGAAGUGAUUCAAAGUGUUGUUGGAUCAUCAAUCAAUGAGAAAUUUUACCUGGUCUGGAAAGAAUCACUCCAGGCUGCAAAUCUUCACGAAAUCGGUGCAAAGUUUGAAAUGGAAAGACAAUCUCAACUGGAGCUUCUUGACCUGCCUAGUUCAAUGGAAAGCUGUCCUAGUGACACUGGUGAAGACAGCCUUGGCCUUUCUUCAAGAUACUUGAUGCCAGAAUUUCCUGUCAAAGAGAAGGCCCAUGUGAAGCAAAAGAGACCAAGAGGGUGGAAACAUGGGGUUAAAAGGCUGAACUCAAACAGUUAUAACUCAGUUGUGCGACGGAAGAAAACUGCUGGAGGUAGGGCUAAGAAAAGGGAUAAUGAUCUACACCGUUUACUUUUCAUGCCAAAUGGACUUCCAGAUGGAGUAGAGCUGGCUUAUUAUGCCAAGGGACAGAGAUUGCUUGAAGGCUAUAAGCGAGGAAUUGGCAUAGUUUGUUGUUGCUGCAACAGUGAGAUUAGCCCCUCACAGUUUGAAGCUCAUGCUGGAUGGGGUGCUAGGCGUCAACCAUACCGUCACAUCUAUACCUCAAAUGGAUUGUCACUUCACGAUCUAUCAAUUUCAUUGGCAAAUGGACAGAGUCUUGCUGCUAGUGACAGUGAUGAUUUAUGUACAGUAUGUGGAGAAGGAGGGGGUUUGAUCCUUUGUGAUGGAUGUCCUCGGGCAUUUCAUACAGCUUGUUUGGAAUUACAGUGCGUCCCGGAAAGUGAUUGGCACUGCCCGUAUUGCAAAGAAAAAUUUGAUUUUGGAAAAAAUGCAUCUAUGGGGGAAUCGUCCACUGUGAAGCCAAUUACCAUAAGGUUGACACGAGUUGUUAGAGCACCUGCAGCUGAAAUUGGUGGCUGUGCUGUUUGCAGGGCCCAUGACUUCAGUGUUUCAAAGUUUGAUGGGCGGACGGUCAUACUCUGUGAUCAAUGUGAGAGGGAGUUUCAUGUUGGGUGUCUGAGGGACCAUGGGCUGUGUGAUUUGAAAGAACUUCCCAAGGACAAGUGGUUUUGCUGUGAGGACUGCAAUAGGAUCCAUUUCACUUUACAGAACUUAAUUCUUCGUGGAGCUGAUAUGGUUCCGACUUCAGUUUCAACCAUGAUAAAGAGGAAGCUAAUAGGGAAAGGCCUAGUUGAUUCAACUGAGAAUAAUGUGCAAUGGCAACUCUUAAGUGGGAAAAGUGGCUUUCCAGAUCAUCGAUUGUUGCUUUCCAAGGCCGCUGCAAUCUUUAGAGAUGGUUUUGACCCUAUUGUAUUAUCUGGUCGUGAUCUAGUACCUGCUAUGGUCUAUGGGAGAAACAUAGCUGGGCAAGAAUUCGGGGGCAUGUACUGUGUCAUUCUGUGUGUAAAUUCAAUAGUUGUAUCUGCUGGAAUUCUCAGAAUUUUCGGUCAAAAGGUUGCAGAACUUCCUCUGGUAGCUACAAGUAAAGGAAACCGAGGAAAGGGUUAUUUCCAAGCAUUGUUUGCUUGCAUAGAGAGUUUGCUGUGUUCCUUAAAUGUGGAAAACCUUGUACUACCUGCUGCUGAGGAUGCCGAAUCAAUUUGGACUAAUAAAUUAGGCUUUAGAAAGAUGACUGAGGAGCAAUUAUUGAAGUAUACAACAGAUUUCCAGGUGAUGAAUUUCCUAGGGACUUCAAUGUUAGAGAAGGAGGUGUCCCGGGUUACAGAUUGACAGCUUCGCUUAUAUCAUUUGGAGUUUCAGUCAGGUUUGGUUGGAAUUGGAUUUCUCAUUUUUUUAAUUUUUUUUAUUACAUUGCUCUUUUUUUGCUGCUAUUUUGUUUGUAGGCAGCCCAAGUAAUUUGUUUUAGAGAAAUUGUUGUAAUGAAAGAAAGAGUGAAAGAUAAGUGAGAAGAAGGAUAAAUGAAAUUCGGAGUCAAAAAGAGAUGCUUGUACAUAAACUGAGACGGGAGAAACCAAUAUCAGUGCAUGCAGACAUUUUAUCA